CCUUUCCCCCCUCCUCCCUGCUCUCCUUUCCAGGCCGGGUUGGGCUCUAACAACCAGAGGGCUGACCACUCCUCCCUGCCCCUCCCCUCCCCUCCCCAUGUGCUUCCCGGGGUUGAGGGGCGGGGGCGAAGCAGGCACCAGCAGGGGCACUCUGGGCAGCUGGGAGAAGGCCCGUCUGGCUGGGCGAGGCUCCUUGGCGGCCCCUCGGCCGACCUCCCCGCUUCUCUUGCAGGUUUCUCCAAGUGCCUCCCUGCUUCUGUUUGCUUCCCCAUCUCUCCAGGUUUCUGUUUUCCCAGUUCCCUUCUCAGGCCGGUGGCACUGGGGGCUGUGCCUGGUGGGCCCCACGGAGAUGCUCAGUGCUCGGGAUCGCCGGGAUGGGCUCCCUGCGGAGGGGGCAGCUGCGGGGCUCCAGGGUUUCGCUGUGGACAAGACUUUCCUCUCCUCCCUCAAAGGCAUCCUGCUGGAAACCGAGCUGGCCUUGACCUUCGUCAUCUUCAUCUGCUUCACGGCCUCCAUCUCCGCCUACAUGGCCGCAGCGCUGCUAGAGUUCUUCAUCACGCUCGCCUUCCUCUUCCUCUACGCCACCCAGUACUACCUACGCUUCGAUCGGCUGAACUGGCCCUGUCUGGACUUCCUCCGCUGUGUCAGUGCCAUCAUCAUCUUCCUGGUGGUCUCCUUUGCAGCUGUGACCUCCCGGGAUGGAGCUGCCAUUGCUGCUUUUGUGUUUGGCAUCAUCCUGGUUUCCGUCUUUGCCUACGAUGCUUUCAAGAUCUACCGGACCGAGAUGGCUCCCAGGACCACCCAGGAGGACCAGCAGUGACCCUGAGCUAACUGGCUCCUGGGCCCAGCCAGACAAAAGGAACAGAGCAGCCCAGACACAUUUCCUUUGGAUUCCCUAGCCUGCAGCCUAAUGUCCCCCAGCCAGGCCUUCAGGGAUAGAAUCUGGCCUGAGAAGUCACCAAGAACUUUUCUGUGGGGCUCAGUGCUCUGAGAUCUGACCCUCGAUGAAGCUCUACUGGGAAGGGGGUGUUUUGGGGAGGGAGAGCAGGAAGAAGCUGAUCAUUCCCAAAUUAAAAGAUUUGAAUCCUA